AUGCAGCUGGAUGAGCAGAGCAGUAGUGAGGAGAAAAGCAGAAAGAGAUGUUCUGAUCAUUGUGGUGGGAAGUCUGAUGAUCAUAAUCAUCAAUAUGAGCAGCAGCCUAAGUGUAGGAGUUCAAGUGAGACCAGUAAUAAUGGAGAAGGACAUGAAAAUGGGUGUAAGAUUAGUGAUAUUAAUAAUACUAAUGGAAGAGGGUCCGGAGGAGGAUCAGUAAGGCAGUAUGUCAGAUCUAAAAUGCCUAGGCUUCGUUGGACUCCAGAAUUGCACCACUGCUUUGUUCAUGCAGUAGAGAGAUUGGGCAGCCAAGACAGAGCAACUCCUAAGCUGGUAUUGCAGCUUAUGGACGUGAAAGGACUUACCAUUGCUCAUGUAAAAAGCCACUUGCAGAUGUACAGGAGUAUGAAAAAUGAUGAAAAUAGUCAAGCCAACGCUCCAUCCGAAAGAUACACAGAGGAUACCAUAUCAGAUUGGUUUUCGAGAUCUAGAUCGACUUGUACGCAAGCCUAUGGCAAUGGAAGAUCAACAUUCUUCAAGAAUAACAAUAAAAAUGACUAUGUGGAAGCCAUGGAUUAUCAACCCGGUUACUUGUUUCAGCGUCCUACCAAUUUGAGUUCCUCCGACUAUCGGUCUAGAAUGAGGAGGCAAUGUUUGUGGGCAUUCAGGCCAUUGAGUAAUACAAGAAUUAGUCCCCAGUGCACUAGUACUCGGAGACAAAGUAUUAAAUCAGAUGUAUUUUCCCAGUUGGCUGGAACAAGACAAGAAGAAUUCAAAGAAAAGGCUAACCUGAAGAACUAUAACUGGCAGUCAGGAGCACAGGAACAAUUAGCUUUACAACUACAGCUACAGAGAGGACAACUAGCAAAGCAGAUAGAAAAGCUUCCAGGAUUGCAUCCAGCUGAAGAUGGAGAGAAGUCACAACCCAUUACAGGAAGCAGCCUUGAACUGGAAGGGGCAGAAGAAAUUGAUAGCAAUUUAUCUCUUUCUUUGUUCUCCAAGAACAACAACAAGAAGGAUUCUAAUAAAAGUUCCUCGUUUAAGUUGUUGAGGCAGCAACAUCAGCAGCAAAAGAUAGAAUCUAGUAAUAAUGAUGAGAUCGGAUUGGAGCUCACGUUGUCUAUCGGGUCUUCCUGA